AUGAGCCCUGUCGCACAAAUGAAAGGAAGAGAAAAUGAGCAGCGGUCAGGCUCUUCCCAGCAGGCAAUUGACAAUGGUUUUUUAGCAGAUGAGCCCAUCAAGGAGGUCUCUGAUUUCCAACCUAGUCACAAUGACUCGGAGGAGGACAGUGAGGAGGAAAUCGAAGACGAUUUGGAGGAGCCCAAGUCCUUAUCAGCUGAAACACCAGUGUUUGUUUCAAGGUUGAAAGCCGAACGUGCUAAUUUCAUUUUGACCCAACCAACCUGGCCUUCCACAACCACCUCAAAGAAGCUGACACAAAUGGUUGAACCAUUCCCCUUCCCAUCGUCUCAACCAAGGACUACCAAGAUAAACAAAACUCAGUCUGCACGUGAUCAUAAACGAGCAAAUGAGACACCUGUCUGGGCAGAUACUCAAGUUGUCGUGUCAGACAAGGAACCUAAGCUGACGCGGACUGCUGAAUCAUUCCCCUUCCCAUUGUCUCAACCAAGGACUACCAGGACACCUGUCUGGGAAGUUGUUGUUGACUCUGAAGAGGAUGACCCAGAUGCUCCUAUUGAUUACUCUGGAAGGCCCAAGGUCGUACAGUCGGACACUGGUAAGUUAAAGCUGACGGAUCAAGAUAUUGACACCCAUCGUGUGGUCCAAAGAGCAAUAUUAGAGGCAAAAGUUCACAUGACAUUUGUCAACAGCUAUCCGGAGCUCACGGAGAAGAGCCUUUUCAUGCGGGAUGUACUCUUAACAGCAGCUCAUGUCUGCGGUGUUUCACCUAUCCAAGAUCGCCUCAAGAGUGAUGACUCAUAUGUGACAGCUCUCGCCACGCUGGUCGAGGCUCGAGUGCCACUUUUCCGCACUGAAUUAAAAGAUGAUGCUUGCGCUCAAGUAUCAGUGUAUUAUCGUCUUGGCCCUGACUGUGUCAACACUGCAAAGGCUUUGCUGAUCAACCAUGUCUACCACUAUGAACAACAUUUUAAUUGUCACGCACACUCUCCAGGAGAAGAAUGA